AUGACAUUUCGUAUAGUCCAAGUUGACAAUUCACGUCUUUCUGAAUUUGAUCAAAUACCAAUAUCAUUUGAAGUUCAUUCUAUUUAUGAAGUUAUUGAUGAUAAAGAACAAAUUAUACUUAUUGAACGACCUCUUCUUACAUCAUAUAUAAAAGAUUAUGAUCAACUUAAUUCAAAUUUAUCUCAUUCAUGGUCUAAUAUGAAUACAACUAAUUGGGGAAUUUUUCUUGCUCUUGAUGAAACUCAAAAUGAUAAGCCUAUAGGUGGAGCUCUUGUAGCUAUGCCUGAAUGUGCAUUAUGGGAUUUACGUGUUGCACCUUCAUGUCGACGUUUAGGAAUUGGACGAGCUUUAUUAAAACAUGCUAUUCAAUGGAGUAAACAACAAGGAGUAACGACAUGUAUGAGUAUUGAAACACAAAAUACAAAUGUAUCUGCUUGUCGAUUCUAUGCAGCUAUGGGAGCUAGAUUGGGUGAUAUUGAUAGAAAUGCAUAUCAAGAUGACGAAGCAGUUAAAGAUGAAAUUCGAAUUAAUUGGUACAUUGAUUUAAACUCAUAG